AUGCAAAACAUGAAAAGAUUAGUUCAUCCUGUUAUCAAACACAGGAUGGACGUUAAAUUGCAGAGAAAAAUUAACGCUGCAGAUACAAUUCGAACCUGGAGUAUUGUUCGAGGAGAUAUUGUCGAAGUGAUUCACGGCAAUGAUAUGGGAAAACAAGGAAAAGUAUUGCGUGUUGAUCGAAAACUGAAUCGCGUUCUGGUUGAAGGCGUGAAUUUUAGAAAGAGGCACAUUAAGGGAACGGAUGAGCAGCCGGGAGGCAUUUUUGAUGUUGAGUCACCGAUUGCAUAUUCAAAUGUUCAGCUCGUAGACCCCAGCACAGGUAAACCAACGAAAGUGAAGUUCAACCUUGUGGAUGGUGUUCGCCAACGAGUGUCACUCCAGACGGGAAACGUGAUUAAAAAGCCCCUGGAAGCGAAGCAACGGAGCCAUCCGGUCACUUCGGAGAUUGGUCCUAAGGAUACCGCACCAAAUGAUGUUAUCGAAGUCACAUAUAACCCAGAGGUUGAGCUGAGGAAUCCCCAUGCGAAGUUGUUUUCUUUAGAAUGA